AUGGAGAUCCACGUACAACACCCUCGCUCAACCCCUCUAGGCACAAAAGAACUAGGUCCAAUCUCCAAUUUGGCGCCAUUUUCCGCCUUGAUCAUCUCCAUCGUGUUGGUGAUAUGCUUCUUCGUUCGCUUCUACAUCCUCGAAGGAUUCCUCGUCCGUCGUCUAUAUGGCUCCAUAUACACAGGAAUGAGCGAGCUAAAUCGUCGUGGCUUCGUGAAUCAUCAUAUCGCCGGUGCCACCAAAGUGAUCAUCUUGAUUGUUGCCGCAUACCCAUUCAUCAGUAUCACGUUUUGCAGAGGGCCGUCAUUCAACACGCCCUUCGUCCAUGGCUCACUAGUCACACUGGGGGACAUCAUGAUUAUUGUGGCACAAAUGUUGAUUGGGAUAUACAUUUUUGAGUUGAUUUACCGCAUGAAGUUAUCACCCGUGGCCGUGAUGCACCACGUUGGGACAAUCUUCAUUGGACAAGCUGCCAUAGCCAUCAGUCUGCGACCGCUACGCGAACCCGACGCAUAUAUCGAGUUUGCUCUCUGCACUGUCUGGGGCGCAUUCGACACAGUGUUCGAGUUAUUCCCCCACGUCGCUAUCGUUCUCUACCGUAUCUUCCCCGAACGACACCACUUCCUCAGCAAGGUCUUCCUCAUCUCCUGUUUUACAACCGCAUUGGGUACAAUCACCGAGACGGUUGUGACAAUGUGGCUGUUUGCAAGCACGUGGGACAGGUGGCGGCUUGCAUUUAAGAUUGUCACGCCGGUCCUGCAUGUGGCGUUCUCCGCGGCCCAGAUUCAUGGCAGUCUUGUCUUCUGGCGAAUGUACCGCCGACAACAGCGUUUCCAGUGGGAAGCUGACGCCGAGGCCAAAGAUAGCUUUGUUGGGGGUGGGAGCUCGGUAAACUAUUGCCGAUCCAAUAGCCAGAGCUGA